AGGUGUUACUCUCGGAGAUGUUAUUGGAGGACCACUCGGCGCUGCAAUCGGUGGGGCAGCGGCUACGCCGUUAGCCUUUGCUUCCCAAAAAUGGUUUUCAGCCAAGAUUACGAAUGACGAAAUACGUGGCACAAUUCCAACCGCGGGAUUGAUAGAUAUAAUCAUCGAGAUGUUAGUAAACGCUUUGACUGCUGGGAUUUCUGCUCGGGUUAUGGCUGCGAUGAUUCCUGGUAUCAACCAGGCACCUGCGAAGCCGGGGUUAGAAGGAUUGUUAAUUCUCCUAUGGAUGACCCGCUCCGUGAUUUCGUUCUGCACACAGAAUAUAUGCAAACGGGUGUUCAACGGGAUUGGUACCAGUGUUCAGCGCUUUUUCGCUGGCAGUGGAUUUCGAGGUCAUGACGGGGUGUUCAAGUUGAUCACACUCAGACUAAAAUAGUACAUUUGGCACCGCACUUUUUUGUUUCAGGUUAUAAAAAUGACCCAUACUCCUGACCUAUAGUGAACGAUAUGUUUGUAUAUUACGCCUACGUACUAGUAGUUCAAAACGAUGAUGAGUGAAUCAAUUCAGUUUGCUG